AUUCGUCACAAUAGUUUUCAAUCAAGUCACUGACGCGUUGCUUCUAUGAACAAUAUAACUCACCUGAGACUGCGUAUAUCGAUUGACAAUUAAAGAUAAGGUUCACGUUCCAUAUUUUUCACUAACGAAAGAAAUGAGGAUAGAGAAACAACUAUAGCAACGUGACCAGCUUAUCUCUUUCUACAUUAAGUGCAAUGAUGUCGAGGCGGAUUACAAAACAUGGAAUGGUUGUACUGUUAUUCGGCAGUCUCGUUCUUUGUUAUCUCGUUUUCGGUCGCGUUAGUGAAAUAAUUACAAGAGGUAAUUGGAGCUGCAAGGAAGCAGUGACUGCAUACCAGUUUAAAAAAGUGAAUGGAAAUUCAUUGAAAGGAUUAGUAAAAACGUGUAUGGAAAAUGGAAUUAAUCUCAGUGACAAUAGAUUUAAGUUUGAUUAUUUGAAACGCAAUUUGAUGGGAUUUAGUUGUAGUCAAUCAUGGGAAUAUUUGAGAGUUCCAAAACCACUUGUAGCUCUAGCUAGCUACCCCGGAUCAGGGAAUACUUGGACAAGAGAACUUAUAGAGACAACGACAGGAUUACACACGGGAAGUAUCUACACAGACUGGAACUUUGAAGGUUCUAAGAUAUGUCCAACGCGGGGAAAAAUAUUCAUAGUAAAAACGCACCUUCAGAGUAAUAUUACACAUCAUCCGGAUUGUGCGACGAUGGGCGUGUCAAAUUUGAAUUACUCCAAAGCAAUAUUCAUCCUUCGAAAUCCUUACAAUGCAUUACUUGCUGAGUUUAAUCGACAGAAUGCGAUAAAACUACCAGGCACAUCUUUUUUCAACGCGGGAGAAAGCCUUGCUCCAAUAAACUUGUUCGGAAGUGAAAAAUGGAGGCAGUUUGUCAUGAAGGAAGUAAACGUAUGGAAAGAUAUGACACUCUAUUGGUUAGAAAAAUAUGGAAGACCAGUGCACGUGCUUGUAUAUGAAAGACUGAGAGAAAAUACACUUUCUGAAAUGUACAAUUUGACGAAAUUCCUUAACAUUGAUGUGCCUUUCAAUUCUUUAUAUUGUCUUUCAAGCAACACAACUGGUAAAUAUCACAGAGUUAAACCAAAGUGGAUGACAAAAGAAAAGCUCUACAACAAAGUUUUGAGUAAAAAAGUUAAUACAAUAAUAGAAAAUGUCAACGCGAAAGUGGGCUCAAGGAUGAACAUAACGGAUAUAUUACAUUCCUAUCUUUUACCCUUUGAUUAACCUGCUGUCGGCAAGUGAUUCUGCCUUUGCGACCAGUGUAGACCAAAAUAUCGACAUGGUCUGCACUGUUCGCUAUUCAAUCAGUAAAUUUUCAUUGAACACUUUUUCAGAUAAUAAAUGGUAUUGCAUAAAUUGAAGGAUGGACUAGUCCAUUUUAGAAAUUUAGCAGGCUAAUGGUUAAAUCAGUUUAAAUAAUAUAGUCUUAUGUAGUUUUUUUUCAACAAGUAAUAUGUUCAUAGUUUUUUUUGUGGUGUUGCUAUAAUUAUAAAAUAGGAUUAUUAUAACACUAGCUCGAUCGGAGAUGCUGUAUUCGGCUCGAAUGGAUUUUGCCAGAUCGGAUCUCACGAGGUGCGCAAGUUUAUUGUUUUGUUUUUGAACGAAAUCUUCAAUGUUUACCGAUACUAGUGUCACAGGGUCAUUAUCUCUGAGUUGUGUCUAUUUAUGUGUUAGGGUCAUUAUGUCUGUUUCAUGUCAAUAUGUCUACUUAUGUCUUAUUCAUGUCAUUAUGUCUAUCUAUGUCUGAUUUAUGUCAAUAUGUCUAUUUAUGUCUAAUUAUUGUGUACAUGUUUUGUAAUGUCCUUAUACUCUGUAAUUGUAUUUUUGUAAUAUUUUGUAUAUGUAAUAGACAUCCUAUAAAAAUUCCUAUUCCAAUAUUCAUUUAUUUAGAAGUCAGGCUUUCAAGCAUUAUUUGGCAAAAAAUUAGGGCUAAAAUUAGGGCUAUUUUUGCCAAAAAUAAGGGCUACAUUAGGACUAAAUGCCAACGGGCAACAUGUCGAGCCAGCCCUUUGACCAUAUAUAGUGUUGCUUUUCAUCAUCACCAGACCCGAAUCGUCAUGGCAAAGUGCAUAACGCCAAGAGGGGGUAGGUAUGGGAGAGGGGCCUCUGUCUGUGUUGGGAAGAGUAGGGUCUCUACCUGAAAGUUUUUGAUAUACAGGUAUGAAAUGGUGCCCACUGUUGUAUUUUCUGGUCUAAAUGCUGAAGUAUUUGAGGGGUACUCUUCUCAAUUCAGGGGAGGGGUGGAGGUGGGGUAGUCAGGGGGCUCUCCCCCUGGAACAUUUUGAAAUACAGGUAUGAAAUGGUGGGCGCUGGUGUAUUUUUGUUCUAAAUUUGAGUUACAGGAGGGUGUAUUCACUGUCCCCUAAUUUUAGGGAGGUCAGGGGGCAGUUUCACCCCCCCCCCCGCCCCUAGACAAUUUUGAAAGACAGGUAUGCAAUGCUGGAUUGUAGUACAUUGUUUGGUCUAAAUUUUGGUGUGUGGGAGGGGGUAUCCCUAUAAUUUUAGGGGGGUGAGGGGACUCUCCAUCUGGAAAUUUUUUUAAAUAAAAGUAUGAAAUGGUGGUCUCUAAUGCAUUUUUUAUCUAAAUUUUGAGGUACUAGAGGGGUACUCCCCUCAUUUGAAGGGGGUCAGGGGGGUUUUCCCCCUGGAAAAUUCUGAAAUAAAGGUAUGAAAUGGUGGCCUCUUUUGCGUUUUUGGGCCUAAAGUUUUAGAAAAUAUACGGUUGGGUGCAACUUUACAAAAAAUUAGGGACAAUCUGAAAAAAUAAGGGCUUUUUUAGGAAUCUGGCCCUUUUUUAGUGUUUUUUUUAGGAAUUUUAGGGAGGCCUAAAAAAUUAGGAUUUUUUAGUAAUUUUAGGGCCACUUGAAAGCCUGAGAAGUCCCACUUUGUAAAAUAAUCUGGAAAGUAGAUCCCUUGGAAUCACCGAGAACAAUGCAAACAAUGAAAAUUUCAGACUCGGUUUGAUUGAGUCUGUUCAUGAGCAGUAAUGGGAAAUGCAACACUGCCCACGCCCCCUAGCACCGGCUUAAGCAGUAUUCAAUUUUCAAAUCUAAAUGAGUUGAAAUCAAUGAUCCCGAAGGACCAGAACAUAUAAAAACACUGAGAUGAAGUCAUAACAUAAUUACAGUCGGUUAUUCAUUCAUCUAUCAUCCAUUCAUUCAAUCAGUCAUUCUAACUGUUGAUUCAUUUCACGCAACAUUCAUACAUUCAUUCACCUGCUUAUAUUUUGAUGACUGGCUUCUCGGGUGAUUCACCAGCGCAUGCGCACUUCAGAUGAUAAUAGCAGCGAAAGACGCAAGACUCGUGUUUUAGUUUUCUGUGCAACUUCUUGCACAUGUUUCUAAGUUUUUGUGCCUUUUUGUGCAUCGCAGGUAAUAAAUUAAUAUUCUUUGUAUUGUGUAGGUUGUAUUGAAAUAUUGAAUAGAAUGCCUAUCAGACAGAAUAACAGCAGUGAAAGACGCAAGUCUCGUGUUGUGGUUUCUUGUACAACAUUUUAGCACAUUUUUCUAAGUUUCAGUGCCUUUUUGUGCAUUGCAGCCCAUCCCAGACGAGAACUUACUUACGAUCCCAUCGCCCUGGUUUUGGGACUAUACUUUGGGGGACGCGACAUUAUUUUUUUUAUGUGCUAUUUAUAGAACUGUGUCAGGUCAUACAUAUUAAUGAAAGUAGUCCGACAGCAUACAGUACAAAAGGUAAAACAGGGAAUUUAAAAGGUACAAUACGGAUUUUUUUUCUGCCUGUUCAUAUUAAAUUGUGAAAUACAAACCGAUGUUUUUACAGAAUUUAUAUAGGUAUGUAAUAAAUAUGCAUAUUAUGUCCCCUUUAUAGACUAACGCUUUGUAUGUUAUAGGUGAAAACUAGAGAUUAAUAGAAAUAUAUCUAAUGCCUUAUAAAUGUUAAUAUCUAUAUAUAUUUUUAUAUUACUCUUACUGAUAAUUGUAAUGUGUAUUUCUUUUGUACUUUUUCGAAUUUUUUA